AGGAGGGCUAGCGGGUCCUGGCAUCCUUGGAUUCUCCCCACCUCCCCGUCCUGGCUCUGGCCUGGCGCGCAGAGGCAUGGCGAGCUGUUCCUACCGCAACAGUUCCAGCUACAGGGUGCGGGACUUCAGCUCCUGCUCAGCCAUUGUGCCCAAGCCUGGGGUGCAUGGCUUUGCCAAUGGCCUGGCCUUCCGCGGGGGCAGCCCCGGGGGACCCAGCUACCGUCGUCUCGGGGGCUUUGGCAGCCGGAGCCUGUGUGCAGUGGGGUCCCCGCGGAUCGCAGUGAGUUGUGCGUGGCCCCUCCGAGGAGGGGGAAGCUUUGGCUACAGGGCAGGGGGACUCUGCGGGCCUACCCCACCCUGUAUCACCACUGUGUCGGUCAACGAGAGCCUCCUCACACCCCUCAACCUGGAGAUCGACCCCAAGGCGCAGUGCGUGAAGCACGAGGAGAAGGAGCAGAUCAAAUGUCUCAACAACAAGUUCGCUGCCUUCAUCGACAAGGUGCGCCUCCUGGAGCAGCAGAACAAGCUGCUGGAGACCAAGCUGCAGUUCUACCAGAACCGCCAGUGCUGCGAGAGCAACCUUGAGCCCCUGUUCAAUGGCUACAUCGAGACACUAAGGCGGGAGGCCGAGUGCGUGGAGGCCGACAGCGGGAGGCUGGCCUCAGAGCUCAGCCACGUGGAGGAAGUUCUGGAGGGCUACAAGAAGAAGUAUGAAGAAGAGGUGGCUCUCAAGACUACCGCUGAGAAUGAGUUUGUGGUGCUGAAGAAGGACAUCGACUGUGCCUAUCUGCGCAAGGCUGACCUGGAGGCCAACGUGGAGGCCCUGAAGGAGGAGAUGAGCUUCCUGCAGUGCCUGUACGAUGAGGAAAUCUGCCUCCUUCAGUCGCAAAUCUCUGAUACCUCGGUGGUGGUCAAGAUGGACAACAGCCGGGAGCUCAACAUGGACGCGGUUGUGGCUGAGAUCAAGGCCCAGUAUGAUGGCAUCGCCAGCCGCAGCCGGGCCGAGGCUGAGUCCUGGUACCAAACCAAGUGCGAGGAGAUGAAGGUCACAGUAACACAGCAGGGUGAGAACCUCCGCAGAACCAAGGAGGAGAUCAAUGAGCUGAACCGCAUGAUCCAGAGGCUGACAGCCGAGGUGGAGAACGUCAAGCAGCAGCGCUGCAAGCUGGAGACUGCCCUGGCCGAGGCGGAGCAGCAGGGCGAGGCGACCCUUAACGAUGCCAAGUGCAAGCUGGUGGGGCUGGAGGAGGCCCUGCAGAAGGUCAAGCAGGACAUGGCCUGCCUGCUCAAGGAGUACCAGGAGGUGAUGAACUCCAAGCUGGGCUUGGACGUGGAGAUCGCCACUUAUCGCAAACUGCUGGAGGGCGAGGAGAGCCGGUUGUGUGAAGGUGUGGGCUCCAUCAACAUCUGUGUGAGCCGUUCCCAGGGUGGCGUGAUCUGCGGGGACCUUGGUUCCACUGUCCCUCGUGGCCUGGGUGGCAUGGCCAUCAGCAGCAGUGCUCUUUGCUCCCCCUCUGUAGGGGGAGCCUGUUCCAGUGUGAGAUCUGUGAGGUUUGCAUAGUGGGGGAUAGGACGCUGGACAGAUGGUGUCUGAGGGGGCCAGGGUGGAAAGUGGGGAACAGGGAAAACUUUGCUCUCUCAGGCCCAAAUGUCAGUUUAGUGAUUGUCCCUUACUAGGGAGCCAGAACUGACUCUCCAGGUUCCUUCUCACUGGAGUUUACUCUUUGAGUGUCAACCCUGGGUUUGGCAUUCUUGCCACCUCCAUUGAUUCUCCCCCCUCCCUGUGGUCCAAGAAAAGAUGUAAAGACUUUUUGAUAUAAACUGCCUAGUCAUUUUCUUCCCUAACUUCAGGUUAGCAGACAUUUACUAAGAACUGACCGUGUGCCAGGCCCUCUGGGCAGGGGCCCAGGUAGCAGGUGGCAGGGCAUGGUUGCACCCUUGUGCUUUGCCCUUGGACAACGGACUGUUCAUGGCCCAUCAGCACUGAGGGGGCAGCAGAGGGAGUGGGGCGGGGCUCUGGGAGUCCCCUCACUUGAUCUGAGAGACUGUGUGUUCCCAGAGCAUCCCUCAACCAUGUGGCGGUCAGGAUGGAAAGAGGCUAAUCUUCCCAGGUUUUUAUUAUCGGUGGUUUGUAAUUUUAUUGUAUUGGGGUGAUUCCUGUAUGGCUUCUUCUCUCUUUUGGUGUGCGUGAUUAAAUGUCAUGGUAAACAUUUUCUCCUCUAACCAA